GGCACAGUGCCUACAGUGUUUAAUAUGGUUAUAAGUUUAUAACACAUUCUGUGGUCAUAAUACGGGCAUACGGCCCUGAUGGUCGGGGACAAUUGUUGGAGUGUGUAAAUGAUGGUCAUCGUAAUUCAAACAAUAAACAACGAAAUAUGGAGCUCGUCAUUUAUAUAUAAACAGUUUGCUUUGCCAAAGUCGAUCUUUUUUGGGACGAAGGGGCGCACGCGAGUGUUGGACGAGUGCGUAUUGAUAACGAGAUCCGGAAGGGUUGUUUGAAAGGGCGCCAAAAUGCUGCUCAUGGAAAGGCCCAUCUUGUAUCGCGUUUUCAACUUUCCGUAAUUAUCGCAGCGGCGGUCUCGGACGUGAGUCGUCCUGUCCACGGAGGAACGGUUUUGAGGACGAGCGUUCUCACUUCUCGUAUUUAUUGGACACUAUCGGACAGACAGACGAACGACAGCCACGAUGACUUCCACGUUCCGUUCGAGCGACAUACUCCAGCAGAUGGACUUCGCUAUGAUCGGCACUCACUUUGCUUCCGGUCCGCUGCAAAUCGACCAAGAUUUCGCGGGCAUCAGCGGGGUGCACUUCAACGGCAGCGGGUCGCAACAGCACUACGCCAACGACGGCGAGGUGACGCUGCAGCCCAACGGUAUGCCGCCGUCGUGGCAGAGCAUCGCUGCUCCUGGAUCGACCGUUGCCGAUUACCUGUCCCACUUGCCGGCUACGCUCACUUUGCACCAUUUCCUCAAGUACUCGGGUGAGUCGAUCUGCAAAGACGUGCGGAACGAAACAAAACCACCAAAGAAGAGGAAAAAACAAGGCAAACAAGCGAACGCCACCGCCGCACCCAUCAGUGACGGCUGUCCGCCGCCUCCGCCUCCGACGACAACGACACCUCAGGUCAAGCCUAAACCCGGCCAGAUACGGAUAACGAGCUGCGCGGAUGGCACCACUAUGUUUGGGUGUCCGGAAUGCCGAGCCGAGUACUUGGACAAGCAUCUGCUCGAGGAACACCUGGGCACGCACGCGACGGAACGGCGGUUCGUGUGCGACAUCUGCGGCGCUGGGCUGAAGCGCAAAGACCACUUGACAAGACACAGACAGAGCCACAGUUCCGAAAGGCCAUACGCCUGUACGGUGUGUGGCAAAGCGUUCAAACGCAAAGAGCAGUUGACCCUGCACAAAGUGGUACACACGGGUGAGAAGCGGCAUGCUUGCGUAGAGUGUGGUCGUGCAUUUUACAGAAAGGAUCACUUGAGGAAGCAUGCCAGAAGUCACGCGGCCAGGAGGGAUAAGAGUAGUGGGCAGACGUGUUAGGCACCGCUGUCGGUCAAAAGUAAUGAGUCAAACGCGAAACGUUUGUCAAUUUGUAAUUAAUGAUUUUCAUCUAUAUACAUAAUAUUGUUAUAAUAUGUAUAUUAUUUAACUCUUGUAACUACUG